AUGGCUACUAUCGCAGUUUUAGGUGUUAACGGUUUCUUAGGUGAAUCAGUUAUUAACAGUUUAUUAUCAGAACCUUUCAUUUCUAAUAUUAAAACUCCAAUUCGUUUAUUAACUACUUCAGAUAAAAAACCAAUUGAAUCUUCAAAUGUUGAAUAUAUUAAUAUAAAAGAUCAAAAAUUAGAUUCCCAUUUAACUGGUGUUGAUGCUUUAAUUAAUUUAAUUGGUUUCCCAAAUGGUGCUAAUGAAGAUAUUAUUAAAUCUGCUGUUGCUUCAAAUGUUAAAUUAUAUAUCCCAUCACAAUUUGGUUUCAAUAUGGAACAAGUACAUUCAUUAUUACCAAAUUGGUUACAUGGUAAAAUUGAACAUUCAGAAAAAGCUAGAGCUGCUGGUUUGAAAACUAUUGAUUUUAAUACAUCUUUAUUCUAUGUUAACUUUGGUGGUCCAUUUGUUUCACCAUUAGUUACUUUAGAUAGUGAAAAAGCUACAAUUUUAGGUGAUGGUAAAACAUCAGUUAAUCCAUCAACUUUAACUGAUAUUGGUAAAUCUAUUGCUUCUGUUGUUACUUCUAAUGAUUAUUCCAAGUUACCAAACAAAAUUAGAAUUUAUUCUGAUAAUAUCACUGUUGAAGAUUUACUUACCAAAUAUGAACAAGAUUAUAAUGUUAAAUUAACUAAAGAAUUUAAAUCAGAUCAAGAAUUUUUACAAAAUGUUGUUGAUAAAUAUAAUAAAGAUGGAUUUAAUCCAGAUGAUUUUUUUCAAUAUUUAGCUGCUAUUUUAAUUGCUGGUGAAGGUAAAGGUACAAUUGUUGAAGGUGAUAAUGAAAAGGAAAUUAUUAAUCCAAAUGAAUCUUUAUUUAAAUGGACUAAAUUAUCUGAAUUCCCAAAAAUAUAA